GAGAAUUUAAACCCAAAAAACAAAACCAAAAUCCCAUAUCCAAAACUCUAUCUCCUCCUGAAACAGAGAGAUAGAAAAAACAGGGGAAAACAGAGUAGAGUGAAACAGAGGGAGAAGAGUUGUGUGUGUGUAUGUGGUAAUGAAAAUUGGGAAUUACAGUGUGAAUUGUCAAUCUGGGAAAGGCGGGAGAGUUCCGGUUCGAGGGUUUGUUCGACUGCAUCCAUGAAAUCACGUCGGUACUGGCUUUUUCUGCAGACAGGAUGAGUGAUUCAGCUUACAGAGUCGAAACGACGUCGCGCCUUGCUCAAUGGAGGAUCGACAACUUGGCUUCCUGCACGUAUAGGAAAUCUGAUCCUUUCAAGAUUGGCAAGUGGAAUUGGCACUUAUCUGUAGAGAAGAACAAAGUGUUGGUUGUAAAAUUAUAUCCGGAGAUAUCAAAUUUAACUAGAGAAAACCCUCCCAUCGCAUCUUUUGUCAUUCGAGUGGUCUGUUCUGUGGGUGAUCGAAAAGCCUUAAUUCAUCCAGAAAUUACAGAUAAACGGCUCAAAACCAAUGAAGAUUUUGUUUGGGGAAUCGAAGUUCCCUUAACAGGAAAGUUCAUUAUAGAUGUUGAAUUCCUUGAUUUGAAAACAUACCCUCGAGACGGUGGAGAACCUUGUUCCAUCUGGGCUGAAGGGCAAACACAAAAACGGUCGCAUGCAACAGCUCUGGCAUCGCUCAGUCGAAUGUUAACAGAAGGCAUCCACACCGACAUUAUAAUAAAUGCAUCCGACGGAAGCAUUGGUGCUCAUCGUGCAAUUCUUGCUGCAAGAUCACCUGUUUUCCAGCGUAUGUUUUCACAUGACCUCAAAGAGAAAGAACGCUCCACCAUAGACAUAUGUGACAUGUCAAUUGAUGCUUGUCAAGCAUUUCUAAAUUAUAUAUAUGGUAAUAUCGGGCAAGAAGAAUUUCUGACCCACAGACUGGCACUUCUUCGUGCUGCUGAUAAGUAUGACAUCUCCGACCUCAAAGAGGCGUGCCAUGAGAGCCUGUUGGAAGAUAUUGAUGCAACAAAUGUGCUUGAUAGGCUCCAAAAUGCAUCUCUAUAUGAACUUCUGAGAUUGAAAACUAGCUGCAUGCGGUACCUUGUAAAGUUUGGGAAAAUAUUUGACAUCCGCGAUGAUUUCAAUGCGUUCUUGCUGUGUGCAGAUAGGGAAUUGAUAGCGGAAAUCUUCCACGAAGUUCUUAAUGCCUGGAAAGGUUUCUGAAGCCUGAACAACAUGAUUCUGUAUCUUAUUAAGUCCAUGAAAGUAUUGGUUGUUAGAUAAACUAGUGUGCAGGAUUUUCUGUCCUGAUGAUUCUUUAGUCCAGAUACUGAAUUCGUUUAUGUCUCGAUGUACAUACAUAUAUUGAUUCUCAUGACAUAGAUGUUGUCAUCCUUGUAAUAGAAACAGAUAUUCUUCAAUGGAAAGCAAGAAGCAGUUUGAAUGA